AAAAAGAGCUCUCCUGACUCUGUACUGUAGCAGCCCGAACACCCACGAAAAAAUUGUGCCAAAGAGUUGAAAAAAACACAAAAGAAAACUUCAGGUAAUAUUUUGGAUUGCAAAAAAAAAAACAAAAAAAAAAACAAAAAACAAACAAAACAAAAAAGUGAGGAUAAAUUCAAUGUUCAAACGGAAUCUGAUAAAAUGCCAUUUGGAAACUGCUUGGCCUUUUGUGCUCUUUAUUUAAUCCAAUCGGAUGUGGUAUCGGUCUCUUGCUGCACUUCAAAAACAAAAACAAAAGCAAAAAAAAAAAGAAAUAAAUUUAUAUAAAAUAUAUAUAUACUGACUUGAGCUUACACAAGACGGCACUUGUAAAAGGUUAUAUUUUUCCACUGCAGUUGAAGAUUAAUAAAAUGGUGUCAAACAUUCCCCAAAACUUCCUUUUUGUAUUCUUGGUCUUUGCAGUAAAAGGGGAACCCGUUGACCUUUUCUUACCUUAACGGAGCAGUGACAGACUGAUGGGCAGCUCCAAAACCAACGGGCUGCUUACGGCUCCCCUGCUCACACCAUGUCUUAUUUCCACGUGAAGGAUCAGAAUCUCUCGUUUCCUCUUCAGUGAGGCUUUUGCUUCUGAGGAAUCGGCCCUUGCUUAUCCCAAACGGUCAGCAAUGAGCCCAGAGGGAUGGAGGAGGUGCAGGGUGCUGUUGUGCUCAUUUCAUUUUUACUGAUGCAGCUGUUGAUGCAGAUUCGCAAUGCUGGUAGCAGUUUGAACGCGGGCAUCUCCAAAACCCCUUCGUGGGAGGGAGGCAGGAACCCUCAGCCGCUAUCUUUAAGCAGCAAAGCAGGUGGCAAUCUGUGUUAUCCCCCGGUUUCCUCUUCCCAGUCUGAUCCUGGACCCAUCGGCGGCAGCGUCCACGCUGGCUCUUGUACAGGGUAUCAGAUAUGUGCCUUUCAGUGCUGGGUUCAGAUCGCAGUCCAAGUGCCGACUUUGAACCAGUGUACAAACCUGAUCCGAGCUCCCAGGUGCUGAGGGUGAGGAGGAGCUCCCAAACGCGGGCAGCGAGAGGCCUGGGCCAACAAGCUCGAGCAAUGCCUUUUCUUUUUAGUUUGUUUCUUGAGGUGGGGUGGGAUUUCCUAAGGGGAAAAUAAUAAUAAUAAUAAUAAUAACAGGAAAACAAAACAAAACAAAAAAAGCCAUUCCUGAAGUUGGGGAGGGGGCGUGAAGGGAAGAAAUCUGAUCAUUCCUCAGUGCUACCUGUUUCUGUCCUGUGUGGCUGUUCAGCUGUAGACAGCAGGAGAAUAAAGUACACUGAGACAGUAGUGGAAACAAACUCGUGUCCGUUGUGUUUGUGUGUGUUGGGGCUCUCUGGGUUUUGCUCUCUCGGUGGUUGGCCGUGAUGAGAGGUGGCUGUUGGAGGGGCUGAGCGCCCAUCCUGUGUCCUGUGGGGGUCCGGGUGGGCCAGCACAGCCCCCAGCCUUGGGGUUUUCCCCCCGGCACGCUGAUUGCUGCCGUGGGGGAAGGAGAACCUCCAGCAGCGCCCAACCUGACCCCUCUGUUUACCUUCAUCCUGUCUGUUUCUCGCUCCUAGCAGCUCUUUGGCUCCGGCGUUGCCUUCAUUCCAUCCAUUUCUCAGCUCUUUUUGGCUCCUGUCCGCCUUCAGACAGCAAGCCGUGCCCGGCCGCAGUGCCACACCUGCUGUUCCUCGUGGUCGGGGAGGACCCAUCUCCUAACGAAGGGGUAGGGCUGACUGAUUUACUUUGCUAAAGAAACGUCGCUCUGUUGUCGCUUCCAGUGCUUCUUAUGGAGCUGCUGCUGCUCCCCCCCAUCCCCCCCGGCAGCCACAGCCCCCGCGGAGCUCUGAGACGUGUGGGUGUGCGGCCGCGCUUCCGUCUGCGGAGCGGGAGGUGAUGGAGCUGUGUCAGCUGCUGUGUGUGAUGGGGACGGGAGGUGGGGAUGGGGACGUGGCCACGGGGGGCCGGGCUGGGCCUCCAUGUGGGCCUUGGGGCCAGGGGCUGCGGGACCAGGCCUCUAUGUGGGACCAGGCCUCCAUGUGGGACCAGGCCUCUAUGUGGGACCAGGCCUCCAUGUGGGACCGGGCCUCCAGGUGGGACCAGGCCUCUAUGUGGGACCGGGCCUCCAUGUGGGACUAGGCCUUGGUGCUGGGCUUCAGUGUAGGCCUUGGGGUCAUGGCCUGGGCCUCAGGGAGGGAGCUGGGCUUCUGUGUGGGACUGGGCCUUGGGGACAGGCCUCGGUGUGGGCUCUGGGGACAUGGCCUGGGCCAUAGGGUGAACCUGGGCCUCAGGGAAGGGAGCUGGGCCUUGGAGGAGGGCUGCGCCUUGGAGCUGGGGCCUAGGCCUCGGGGUACCAGGGUUGGGCCUCAGGCCGGGAGCUGGGCCUCAGGGCUGGACUCAGCCUCAGGGCCAGGAGCUGGGCCUUGCCCUGGGGCUGGGCCUCGGUGCAGGGUCAGCCAUGGGCCCUGCAGGGAGCAGAGCAAUGCUUGGCCUUCUCCCAGAGGUGACGCCCGCAGCCCCGUGUUGCUGCACAGGACUGGCAGCCCCCCCGUGAAGCUGCUGUGUUCCUGGGCUGAAUGAUUCUUCACUUUCCAGCGUGUAGCAGGGGUGAAUUUCCUCGUGUCAGGGACAGAGGGCACGGGAGGAAACGGUGCUGCCGUCAGCUGCUGAGGAGCGGCUUCCUGCCACAGAGUGUGAUGGGAAGCAGCCGUGCUGCAAAACCUGGGCCCUGCUCUGCCGGGCUGGGAGAAACAGCUGUGGGCACCUGGGGCUGAGCAGGUGGGCCUGUGAGGGAAAUGGAGAGCUCUGGCAUCCUCCCAAGGGGCUGUGAGGGCAUCGCCCCCCGCCUGCCCCCACCAGAGGCAGUGUGGACACUACGGAGCUGCAGUGGAGACCCAGCGCUGCCUUUCUCGGUGCUGCAGUGGCUUGCUGCAUGCACGGAUGCAUCUUCUCCACCUGGAGCCACGGAUCAGGGGCAGCUCGGAACCACCCAAUGCAGCUCCUAAGCCACCCUCGGGCACCACUUCCAUGGGGCCACCAGCGAGGGUCCGAUCCCAGCGUUGUGCUGGGCAAAGCAGACAGAGCUCCAUGCCCUGCUUCCACGCCAGCGCUGCUCUGCAGCAGGCACAGAUCAACCGAGUGGAAAACGAUCCGCGGCUUUCCGCUGUCAGCAGCCGUGCGGCAGGGCGAUUAGGUUCUCUGCACGAGGAUGCAUCUGCACUGGCCUAACCUCGCUGCUUAAAAUAGCACUUCUCCCAGCGUGGCUGUGGCUGACAGCGUAAACCGAGUUUCAUGUUCCUGUGCUAACGUGGUGCGAGCAAGCAGAAAGCGAGGGGAGAGGCGGCUGCUUCGGCCCCAUCCCAGCGCCCAGGUGGGGUCGGAGGCCCUGGGAUGCAUCCCUGCAGCCCCCGCCUCCUCCUCUGCGCACACGGGUGAGGAUGCGCUGUUUUCUUUGCGUCAAAAUUAACUUCCAACCUGAUGGAAAACCUUAAUUUGCACUUCAAAGCACUUUGCAGCAAUCUUCGAGCAUGAGCAGAGCCAGAGCUGAUGCUUGGGAUUUUUUCCAGGCCCCGUUCGUGGCGCAGCCCAGCCCUGUUUCCCCCCCCUGCCCCUUUGCUCCAUGCCCACCAGCAGCCCCUCUUCUCUUGGCCGUCCUCCAGCCUCCAAGCAGCUCCCUGACCCAACGUUGCUGGCUCAAAUACCAGCCAACAGAACCCAGCACCGUGCUCAGAUCUGCCUUCAGCCAUGGGGCUCCUGCUCUAUCACCCUCCCCCCCCCCACCCCCCCGGACCCUCCGAUGCAGGGUGGGGGUCCAGCCAUGUGCCAGCAGCUCCCCUUCUGCGCCAGCAGCCAAACUCCAAGUGACGUCUGCUGAAUCACCGCCGCUCCCGGCACGUCGCCAUCCCAGCGAUGAUGCAGCUGCACUAUACAUAGCCUGGGGGGGGUCUGCAUCGGGCUGUGGGGCCGGACCUGCAGCAGUGCCUAUGCCAGGUGCUCCCUAUGGGGCUGGAGCUGUACACUCAGCCUGAAGUCCGUGCUGUCCUCGCACCAACGCCUCUCCCCCAGCCCGGCAUGAGCUGCAGCAGAUGGUGGGGAUGGGGAUCGCUCUGUGCUGACAUCUCCAUCUUCCCCCCAUUGCAAGCACCUGAACAGGAGCAAAGCCACCCGAGUCACGAGCUGGGAUGCAGCUCCUGGGCUCCAUCUCCCAUCUGGGGCCAUGGGAUGAAGCCUCGAUGGGGAUGCACGUGUCUUUGGGGGCAGUGCCUUGGCUCUGUCCGUGCAGUGCUGUCUGUCCAUGCAGUGCUGUAUCUCUGUGCAGUACCAUGGCUCUGUCUGUGCAGUGCUACCCAUGCAGUGCUGUCUGUGCAGUGCUGUCCAUGCAGUGCUGUCUGUCCAUGCAGUGCUGUGUCUCUGUGCAGUGCUGUCUGUCCAUGCAGUGCUGUCUCUCUGUGCAGUGCCAUGGCUCUGUCUGUGCAGUGCUACCCAUGCAGUGCUGUCUGUCCAUGCAGUGCUGUGUCUCUCUCUGUGCAGUGCUGUCUGUCCAUGCAGUGCUGUCUGUCCGCGCAGUGCCGUGCCUCUCUCCAGCUGCUCCCUGCCUCUCUAACAGCCGGGCUGCGGCUGCCCCCCGCUCCCCACCCGGGCUUUGCCCCGCAGCCGAACGCAGAGCAUCAAUUAAUAAACCACGAGCGGCAACGUGGGGGAAGAAAAAAAAAAUCACCACAACCACCACCACCAAAAUCCCCGUCCGUAAUUCCGUAAUGGAAGCGGCUCCGAGAGAACAAUUCAGGGAAUAAAAUGCUCUCCCCGCCCCCACCGCGCACGGCUGCGGCUCGGCUCAGCCCUCGGCCCCACCGCCCCGUGCGGACAGGGAUGGAGAGGACCCCCCCCUCCCCUCCCCCUCCCCGAGGGGCUGCCCCGGCUCCGCUCCCACCGGGCUGCGUGGGGCGCUGCCCCGCUCGGGGGUCGGCGUCGGGGGCGGCCCGGAGCGGAACCGGACGGACGGACGGACGGGGACGGGUCGGGGCGGUACCGGCGCGGCCCGGGGGGAGGGCGCUGGCGGCCGCCCGGUGCCCACGUGGUUUCGCGGUGUCUCCGGAGCGGAAGAAACGGCGGUCGGGGCCGGGGCUGCGGCGGGGGCGGCGGGGACCGGGGCGGGACCGACAUCGGGGCCGGGGGGGAAGGGAAAGGAAGGGAAGGGAAGGAGCCGCAGCCCGGCGGGCGCCGCAGCGCAGCGCAUCCCGGUGCAGCGCAGCGCAUCCCGGUGCAGCGCAUCCCGUGCGUCGCCGCGCAGCGCCGAAAAGGCUGACUGCCGGGAAUAAGGAGGGAGCAACAGCAGCGUGGAGCCCCACAAACUCCCUCCGUGGUCCCCAGAACCCAAUGCCCGCUGUGCUGCCUCCAGCUGAGCCCCCACUGCCCACCACCCUCACCUGAGCCCCGGCACUGUGCCGCAGCCCUGCCCAGCCUGCGCCGCCUCGCCCCGCUCACGGGGCCCACUGCAAGGCAGAACUCGCGCUGCGCCAUGGACUCCAUGUUCGAGGACGACAUCAGCAUCCUGACGCCGGAGGCUUUGGGGCCAGACGAGGACUGGCUGGACAGCCCCAACACCGACCUCUCGGGGGAGAUGUGCUCUGCGUCCCAUUUCGCCCUCAUCACCGCAUACGACGACAUCAAGAACCGCCUGAGCGGGCUGGAGAGGGAGAACUCCACGCUCAAACGGCGCCUGAAGAUGUAUGAGGUCAAGUGCCCGCUGCUCGGUGAGUUCGGUGAGGAGCACAUCUUCUCCAUCUAUGAGGCCAAGGAGACGUCGCUGCUCAAGAGCGAGAAGGCAUCGCUGCAGCAGCAGCUCAACCAGUUCCAGCACGAGCUGGAGAAGAGCAAGGAGCGCGAGGAGCAGCUGGACGAGAUGAUCCAGGCCUAUGAGAAGCUGUGUGUGGAGAAGGCAGACCUGGAGUCGGAGCUGGGCGAGAUGCGGGCGCUGGUGGAGACGCAUCUGAGCCGCAUCCGGAGCCUGGAGCAGCAGCUGCGGCAGCGUGAGGCCAACCCCUUCCCUGCGCUCAGCGCUCCGCUGCCCGGCCAGGAGGUGCCUUUUCUCUCCCUGCACCCCAACCCCGGCCUCAGCCACGUGCUGGAGCGCCCCGGGGGGUGGCCGAGCCGUGGGCUGGAGGCUGAGCUGGAGGCGGCGCGGCAGGACGCCCAGCGUGCACAGCACCGCGAGGAGCACCUCAAGGCUGAGUGUGAGCGGCUGCAGCUGGAGCUGAAGCACCUGCAGGACAGCCGGCAGCAGGAGCAGUCAGAGCGGGACAUGGCCUGGGUGAAGAAAAUGGGCGAUGACCAGGUGAACCUGGCGCUGGCCUACACGGAGCUGACGGAGGAGCUGUGCCGCCUGCGGAACCUCAGCUCCCUGCAGAGCCAAAUCCUCCGUGCACUGCUGCAGGAGAAGAGCCUCAAUGGUGGUCAGCGCCACUCUCCUCUGUCUCAGUGCCAUUCCCCAGCCCAGCAGCGCCGCUCGCCCGCCCCGCAGUGCCCCUCUCCCGCUCCCGGCCGCCCUGCAGCCCCGCAGUGCCAAUCCCCAGCGCUGCAGCGGCGCUCGCCGGCCCCGCAGUGCCAAUCUCCAGCGCAGCAGCGCCGUUCGCCCGCCCCGGGACCCUGCCAGUCUCCGGCCCAGCAGCGCCGCUCUCCCGCGCCCCCCUCCAGCCCCUCACCCGCCCCGCAGCGCCGCUCCCCGGCCCCACCGCCGUGCCCAUCCCCGGCGUCGGCGUCGCCGCACCGCCUGCCCGGCGAGAGGAUGGAGCUGGGCUACGCCAAACCCUCCAGCCGCCACAUCAAGGCCGGCUUCCAGGGCCGCCGCAGCUACUCGGAGGUGACCAACGUGGCCCCGUACCAGCAGAGCCGUGCGCUCUGGCUGCAGCCCGAAGCCUCCACGCUCCCCAAGCACCGGCCCUAUGGUGAGGUGUACCUGGGGGGCGCGGGGGCACCGCUGAGCGCCCGCGAGCCCUUCGAGGAGCAGCUGCGUUUUGAGAAGCAGUCGUCGGAUGAGGAGGACUGGGCGGACCCCGGACCCCCCAGCCCCGAGGCGGGGGCUGUGCGCUGCGCGUCCUUCUGUGCCGGAUUCCCCAUCCCCGACCGGACGGCUGCUGCCUACGCCAGGGCCGAGCAUGCCCAGUCCUGGCCCUCUAUCAAUCUGCUGCUGGAGACGGUGGACUCGGAGAUCCGGAGCUGCCCGCUGUGCCAGCUGGCUUUCCCCAUCGGUUACCCGGACGAUGCUUUGAUAAAGCACAUCGAUUCGCACCUGGAGAACAGCAAGAUCUGAGGCUGCCCCCCACCCACGGGCUGCCCCCUCCCCGCACUUUGGAUGCUGCAUGAGAACUGGCGGAGCAGCACGGCUCCGAAUUACCUCCAGGUGUGCAGCAGCUGUGGAAGGACCGAGCCCAGGGGAGCCACGUGCCCCCCCCGUGUGUAGGUGGGUUUCCCCACUCGCCCCCUCUCUGCAUCCCGAGCACAGUUGGAUGCUUCACCCGGGAUGCUCAGGGCUGGGGCCGGGGACCCCCCCUGCGCCGUCGUGUUUCUCUGCUUGAUCUCAGGGAGGAUUUGAGGGACGGGGUCCUGGAUUCAGCCCCCAGACAGCAGUGAGGAGAGGGCUGCCCUCCCUGGGCUCCUGGGGUCAGAGUUGGUUGGGGUGGGAGGGGGGGGGGGCUGCUUGUUCUCGCUCCCCCACCUCUUCCCACCGGUUCAAGCACCUUUCUGGUCUUUUACGUGAGAAGCAUCCCCCACCCCCCACUUCUCCCAUCUCCCCACAAUGAUGCUGCUGAGAAACAAAACCCGUAUGGCCGCGGCGCAGCAUGGCCGUCCCGCACCGCUGCACCGAGCCCCGCAGCCAUCGGCCCCCCCGGCCCCCACCCCACACCCCCACGUUCGAUCUACCUCAACGCCUCCGCGCGGCCCCCAACACCGGGAGGGGGCACAUGGCACCGUCCCCCCCCCCCCCCCGCCCCCCACCCCGCGCUGCAUGUCCCCCUGUGCCGCACGCACCACCCCAGGGCACCCGGAGGGACCGCGCGCCGCGCAGUGCCACCGACCCCAAUAAAACCCACACGCUGCCGGGUG